UCUUCCUCUCCCCCUCCCUUUACUUCCUCUUCCAAAUGCAAAAAUUGAGAGCUCCGUCACGGCCCCUCUCCCUCCAUCGCCGGGCCAGGCUGGACCCUGGUCGCGGCCCAGGCCGCAAAACCGUCAUCUCUAUCGCGCGAGGCCGCGGGCCGGGCCGCAGUUGGGUCCCGGCCUGCUGCGUUAUUUAUGCCCUCCCCUUCAGUUUGACACCUACCUCCCUCUCCUCUCUAUUCGUCCAUAGAAAAGGUAAAGUUUUUACACAGUGCAGUCAGCAAUCAUAAAAACAUGAAACAAAUAUAAGUGUGGACUUUGUUGAAUAGUCAGCCAAAAACGUUUAACCAAUUACACUUUACACCAUUCAUUUCUAUUCCAUAUGGCGUACUACAUCUACAAGAGUAAAACUUCUGACUCCGUCCCUGGCUGAUAAUAUAAUCAGAUUCCAUUAUGUCGCUCUUCUCUUUCACUACAAUCCUCUGCUCCCUGCUUCACUCUCUCCCCUUUCUUAGUUUAACAGUUGGGGCAGUUUAUGAUCACAUACUUUUCCCAAAUCAAACACUUGUUAUUGGCCACAAUCUUGUUUCUCAAAACCAAGUUUUUGAAAUGGGUUUUUUCUCACCUGGCAAAUCCUCAAAUAGAUUCUUGGGAAUAUGGUACAAGACCACACCAGAUGUUGUAGCUUGGGUUGCAAACAGAAACCAUCCCAUCACUGCCCACCAAACACCAUAUUUUAUGAUAUCUGGAAAUGGAAGUCUUGUAAUAAACAGUGGCAAAAGCAUUAUCUGGUCAGCGAAUUCAUCAAGAGUAGCAACAAAUCCAGUUUUACAGCUGCUGGAUUCUGGAAACUUGGUUCUUCUAGACAACAUGGUGGAAGGCAGCUACCUAUGGCAGAGUUUUGAUCAUCCAACUGACACUUUAUUGCAGGGGAUGCAACUAAUGGAUGAUGCAGAUUCGGGGGUCGAGAAAUAUUUGUCCUCGUGGAGAAAUGCUGAUGACCCUUCUCCCGGAGAUUACAUAUUGAGGAUCGAAAACAAGGGCUUGCCUGAUGUUGUAACGCUGAGAGGGACAACAAAGAGGUACCGGCUGGGGAAGUGGAACGGUUUAUAUUUUGGUGGUGGUCCGCGCCUUCCCAACGCCAUGUACAAUGUCUCUGUGGUGUUCAGGCAUGAGAGGAUGAUAUCUGUGGAAGAGGCCUACGACAGCACGGCUGUCACGAGAAUAACGCUGGAUCCAUCCGGCACAAUGACACGCUAUACGCUCAAUGCUGGAAGAGACAGAUGGAAUCGCGCUUUCACUUUUCCUCAAGAUACAUGCGAUGAAUAUGGUAUUUGUGGUCCUAAUGGAAUAUGCAAAUCUAGGACUGACAGUCCGGUUAGAUGUCAGUGUUUUAAGGGAUUUUCUCCUAAGUUUCGAAGCUAUUGGGACCUUCAGGAUUGGUCGGGAGGGUGCACUAGAAUUGAGCCGUUGAAUUGCCAUGGUGGAGAUGGAUUUCUAGAGGUUGGAGGGGUGAAAUAUCCUGAGAUGUUGAGUUUUUGGUUGAACAUGACUAUGAGCCUUAGUGAGUGCAAAGCCGAUUGCUUGAAAAACUGUAGUUGCACUGCGUACGCAAAUCCAUUCAUUACUAAUGGAGGAAGUGGAUGCUUGAUGUGGUUUGGCGAACUCAUUGACACAAAGGAACUUUCAGCAGCAGAUAGCAAGCAGAACAUCUAUAUCCGCGUGCCAGUUUCUGAACUAGAUUUGAGCACAAGUUUAGAGGAUGAGAAGGAGAAUAAAAGGCCUAUGAAAUUAAUACUGAUAUCAAUAGCUUCUGGUGUUCUCAUCUCAACCUUUAUCAAUGGAGGCAUACUUUUUGUGGCAAGACUAAAGAGGCAAGUUAAAAGAAAAAGUGAGGACCUAGAAUUACCUGUGAUCAAAAUGGAGACUAUUGUGCAAGCAACAAAUAAUUUCUCCACCGAAAACAUGAUUGGGAUUGGAGGAUUUGGUUCUGUUUACAAGGGAAACAUGCCUUCCGGAGAAGAAAUUGCAGUCAAAAGAUUGUCGAGAUCCUCACACCAAGGUCUUGAAGAGUUCAGAAAUGAAGUUAUGGUGAUUGCAAAACUCCAACACAAAAACCUCGUCAAACUUUUAGGAUGUUGCAUUGAAGAAGACGAAAGGAUGCUAAUAUAUGAAUACCUAGAGAAUAAAAGCCUCGAUCUACUUGUUUUUGAUCAUAGUCGGAGCACACUUUUGACCUGGCCUAUGCGUUGUGACAUUAUUAUGGGGAUUGCAAGGGGACUGCUAUAUCUCCAUCAUGAUUCCAGAUUAAAGAUUAUUCACAGGGAUCUGAAAACGAGUAAUAUUUUACUAGACAGACAUUUAACUCCGAAAAUAUCAGAUUUUGGGUUAGCCAGAAUUUUCGAAGAGGAUCAAGCUCUUGCCAGAACAAAAAGAGUUAUAGGGACAUUUGGAUACAUGGCUCCUGAGUAUGCAAUUGAUGGGAAAUACUCAGUGAAAUCUGACAUCUUUGGUCUUGGAGUGGUUUUGCUGGAGAUAAUUAGUGGAAAAAAGAACAGAGGAUAUGAGGACACCAAUCACAAUCUUAACCUCUUGGGCCAUGCAUGGUUGCUUUGGAAAGAAAACAAGAGUUUGGAGUUGAUGGAUGGAUGUUUGAAGAAUACAGUUAGGGAGUGUGAAGUGAAGAGAUGCAUCCAAGUGGGGUUGUUAUGUGUUCAAAAAUGUGCAGAUGAUAGGCCAAUCAUGUCAUCAGUGGUUUCAAUGUUAGGAUCUGAUGGAGUAGUUUUGCCAGAACCAAAAGAGCCUGGAUUUUUUAUUCAAAGAAGUUCAAGCCCUGUGGAAAGUUAUGCAUCACCAAGUCUUAAGUCAGAGAACACAAUCACCAUUACAGACUUGGAGGCCAGAUGAGGAAACCCUCAGAGUGCUGUGCUCCCUAUGCUCCCUAUCCAUCUCUUUCUUUCUCUCUUUUAAUGGGAGAGAGAUUUCAAGAGAGAGAAAGGUGUUUUAUCUAACCGUUUAUAUUUGACAUCCUUCAGUCAAAAUGUUGCUUGAGGGGUCUUCUACCUCCAGUGUAAAUUUCAAGACGAUCGGAAAGCAUUUGUAGUAUUUCAUAAUGAUCAAUGAAUGAAGAAAGAAGAGAGUUUUGAUAA